CAAAGAACAUUCCUUUGGCGCGUGGAAUGUUUGCUCACCCAUUUCGGUUCCAUGCUCCGAAUCCACGCGAGAAGAGCCAGACGACCAGCCCCCCUUCCCUCAACUACAACCCACUCUUAUCUGGGGCCGAGCACGUUGAGCAGCAACAAAAGUCCGGGGCUUGACGCAAGAUAACGCGCGCUUAGGGGGGCACAUUGCCCAAUUUCAGCCAGUGGCUGUGUAUUCAAGCCGACCUUAGCUUGGCUUGCAGCCAACCGUCCUGCUCGCUGGCACUUCCCCCUUGCUGAAGCCAUGCAUGGGUUCUACCAGGGUGCCAUGUGACGCGGGAGAAGCUGGCCAACACAGAGAACAUUGGAACAUCUCUGGUGCCCGUCCUGGCUUCCUCUUAAGAGGGUUCCCGUCACUUUGAGAGCGUCGCACAAAAACUCUUCCUCCACACGAGAGCAAAAUACUGCUGGCCAUCCAGCCAUGGAGCCUUUUUGUGGCACCUUGAGUGUCGUUGCUGGUGUUGCCAGCAUCGUCUCCGUCAUUGGCAAGUCGGUGGCGACCCUGACACAACUCCGCCAGAGGUAUCGAGAGGCGGAACUCAAUAUUAGUCUUUUGACAGGCCAUCUUCAGACUGUACGGACUGCCCUGCUACAAGUCCAGAACUGGGCAGAAUGCCUAUCAGGGGACUCUCAGCAUUACCAGCUGAUGAUGGACCUCGGAGACGCCGUCACUCACUGCAAGUUGCUCGUCGAAUACAUCGACAACCAGAUCUCGAAAUUCCAAUGGAGUGAUGACGAGGCGCUCCUGAGGGUUGGCAGCAAAGUCCUCUAUCUUCUUGAGGACCAGGCCACCAAAGACUGUCUCACCCGACUGGACCAUCAAAUCAAUGCUUUGAACCUGUGCCUGACCGCGUUCCAAUGUCGGACACCGACCGACCAGAAACGUUUGCUCGAAAGGGGUGAAAGCAGAGAAGUCUUCAACCAGGCCAAAGACGACGCCACGUCUCUCGUCGGUUUCCGCGAUUCUGCUUCAUUCGCCACCUUCAGGACCGGUCUGUCUACGGCCACGAAACUGUCAAAGACAUUCGACUUCGACGGACUGCUUCUGCGGCAUAAGGUCUAUCAGAAUACCUUUCGGUCUAUGCUCAGGCGUGCCACCAGUCCGACCGAAGAGCGCACCGCGGAGAAAGGUCAACGGCGGGCGCUCUCUGACACCCCUCUCCUCCAGCUCAAAAGCACUGCACGCGACUCAGCGAAGAUUGAUGUGAAGCUCAAGCAAGAUGCCCGCAAGUUGAGCAAAGAGGUCAAGAUCCUUGCUGUCGGAGACAAACAUGGAAGAUCUGCCAUCGUCAAGCAUAUGAGACAAAGAUACGGCCGACCCUACUCAGACUCAGAAGUCGAACAGUAUCGCCAAUCAAUUACAUCUCUUGCUAUCAAGGCCCUUGUGGCUGUUCUAGAUUACGUCAAGGACAUUGGUAACGGCCUCGUCAGUCAAGUCAGCAGAGAUCACGCGGACAUCAUCAGAGGUUUUGCGGAAUCAGGGGGGUCCGAUUGGAAAGUGCCCGUCGGACUCGCGGGAUCCGUCAAACACAUAUGGAACAACUGGCACGUUCAACAAGCUUUCUCGGGAAUGCAGCAGCAUGGACAGACUGCUUACUAUCUCAACGCGAUCGAAAGGAUCUGCCAGGCCAACUACACGCCUAGCAACAUGGAUAUCAUCCGAGCUCCGGAAGCGAUCGACACCAUGAAAGAGACGGAACUUGUCAUGAACUCGUCCACACUGCGCAUUAUCGAACUCGACGAAAAAUAUGCCAUGAAAAUCAUCUCGCAAUUCGCAGAUGUCCAGUUCUGUCUCUUCGCCAUCGAUCUGACUUGCUAUGAUCGAUAUCUCGAUGACGCACAGAGGUCGAACGAGCUCCAGGAGAGACUACUGGACCUCAAGGUUAUUUGUCGAUCCGAGUACUUCUCCAAAAGCAUCAUCUUGCUUGUCCUUACCAACGCGGCAGCCUUCAGGAAACGUGUUGCAAUCUCACCCAUGAAGCCCCACUUUGAGGACUAUAACGGGGGCAACGACGCCAACGCUGCUACCAAGUAUAUUUUGAAGAUGUGCAAACAAGUCAACAGGAUGGACUUGCCGUUGUUCUGGCACAUUUACGACUGCGCGGUUGACCAGGGCGAAGCCGAAGCUAUGGAUCAUUUCUUCAUGCAGUCUGCGGCGAGCAUUUCAGCUGUGUCAUGGCUGAGGGAGAUGGGGAUUGGUAUGCCGUGACCAAAGGCUUGCGAUUGCCAGAGGACUCUCCGCGAGGACAGCACAAAACCCUUGAUCAUGACAAGCAGCCACAAAAUGCCUUGUAGCUGGCGGGGAGGGAGAGCAGAGCUGGACGACGACAUUGUGUACACUAGUUUCAUAUCUUAUUCUACCCAGACUACCUGCUUACCGAGGUAGCAUAUAAUGAUCUAUCGUUUAC